AUCAGACAAAAGUUUUACCUUUUUUUUAUUUCGUAGAUUUGUUUUUCAAAAUUAAUGGAAAUACCAUUUCUCACUACAGUUUCUAGGGAAUUUUUAUACGAUACUUUUGUAAAAAGAUGAACGAACGACAAGCUUGGCGCCAUUUGAUAUUACUUAACCUAAUGAGAUAGUGUUCAUAUAUGUACAUCGUUUAAAAGAAAUUCAAAAAUAAAGUUUUAACGAAGAUGAUCGUACCAAUUAAAAAAAAUGGAAUUAUAGAAGAUUGGGCUAUCAUAGAUUUGCAAGGAGAUUUAAAAUUCGAAAAAAUUGAAAAUUUAGAUAAUCAACUAAUUGGCGACCUUCAUUUUACAAAAGCUGGAAUACCUAUUUUAAUUAUUGGAAUUCAUGUGCUACAUGGAAAAGAAAUAACACUUGAAAAACCCUUGAUUGUAUUAGAAAGACAUCGUGACAAUGUAAGAGACGAGACAAUUGGAAAAGAUCAGGUUGUAAAAACAGAAUACAUCGUAAAGGCUAUUGUGAAGAAGAAACUUCUAUUUAGAUCAAGGCCAAAAUCUAUAGUAACUAAUGUUCCAAAACCAUGUUAACAUAUAAAUUUGUAUCAAUUGCA